CUUUCAACAUCUUCCCCCACCACCGCUCAUAAUAAUGGAGGAUCCCAUAGGGAUAGUCAACAAAAAGGCAGAGCCUUCGGCCUCUGUUCUCAGCCAAGAUUCCGCUAUGGCUGCUUUUUCUCAGGAGCAAACCGUAAAUCAAUCUGAGGUCAACAUCUUCGUUGCAGCGCAGCGAGGAGACGUUGUUCUCAUCCGACAGCUAAUAGAAUCUGGACAAGCCAAAGCGACUGACCCCGACGAGCAGAACAUUACCCCUCUGCACUGGGCUGCAAUCAACGCUCAGGUUGCUACGUGUCGAUAUCUGCUUGAGCAGGGUGCAGAAGUUGACGCGCUCGGCGGUGACCUCGUCGCAACUCCUUUACAAUGGGCUGCCCGUAACGGGUACCUCUAUAUAAUUCAACUUCUCAUCGCUCAUGGUGCCGACCCGACGAUUACCGAUUCUCAAGGCUACAACUCGCUUCAUCUCGUUACUCAUUCUUCCAGCGUUAUGCCUUUGCUAUAUCUUCUGCAUCAGCCAGUUAAUGUCGAUUCUCGGGACACGCAAGGUCAUACGAGUCUCAUGUGGGCGGCAUAUCAAGGAGACGCACUCUCGGUAGACCUUCUACUCAAACACGGCGCUAGCCCUCUCACUCACGACGAUUCUGGAUUAACUCCACUACAUUGGGCGGUGGUGCGUGCAAACCGGGUUUGCAUAAGGCGCUUAGUGGAAGAAGGUGCAGAUCUGACGGCAAAAGAUGGGGAAAAUCGGACCGCAAGAGAUAUGGCGGUGGAAUUGAAGAGUCUUGGAGCUUGGAAGAGGGCACUUGAAGAGGGCGGAAUGAAUGAAUAUGGUGUCAAGAAAUCGAAACCCUUGAGUGAUCGCAAUACGAAGAUCGCGAUAUUUGUCAUGCCCACAUUAUUCUUCUAUCUCAUUUUUACGACCCUCACGAUUCUUCCUUGGUAUACUGGGAUACUGCUUGCUGCGGCUGAAUUCUUUGGCAUGCACCAUGUCGUUACGCGAGUUCUUCUUAAUAGUGCAACAUACACCGACAGCGUCAACAAUACCCCUUACUUUGCCGGCAUCAUAAUUGGUUCCAUAGCAUGGGUUCUGUUCUGCUGGUUCACCAGACUUCUACAAGCUACGCAAUCUCACCCGUUCACAAAUCUUACUUUUGCCAUCGUCACUGGGCUCUGCGUUUACAAUUUUUGCCGAGCCGUGAUGCUCGACCCGGGAACCUGCCCCAAACCCGCCAGUGAUGGAGAAUUGAAGAGCAUAAUCGAAGAUUUAGCAAGUGAAGGACGAUUGAACGGACAAACGUUCUGUAUACAAUGCAUGGCACGUAAACCGCUCCGUUCGAAACAUUGUCGAAUUUGUGAUAAAUGUGUAGCUCGCCAUGACCACCAUUGCCCGUGGGUAUGGAAUUGCGUGGGAGUCAACAACCACCGUCAAUUCGUUCUGUUCGUCAACAUGCUGGUUAUAGGUAUAGUGUUAUUCGAUUACCUGACAUGGCAAUAUUUCGCUGGUUUACCUAUCUUCACCGGAACCUCCACAACUCCUUCAACGCCUGGAGGUGACUCAACAUCAUCUUCCCCCUCUCCCACCGUCAAUCCCAACAUCUCACCUUCCUGCUUCCUACCAACGGAUCUCUGCCUCGUCACACAACAUGACACUUUCCUGGUGGUCGUCGCAUUAUGGGCUACCGUCCAGCUUUCGUGGACCAUCGUCCUCCUCGGCUCACAAUACUGGCAGGUCGUUAAGCAGAUGACAACAUUUGAAGUCGUCAAUCUUGGUCGUUAUGGGUUUAUGGGUGGUCGCGGAGGGUCAAGCAUGCAAGGCCAGAUGGGUCAUCAUCACGCUCAUGGUGGUGCCAGAGGUCACCUUAGCCGAGCCGAUUCUGAAGAUGCUGCACUCAUGGGAGGAGAUAGCACGCCUUCAACGCCAGGAGGAGGAAAACAUACCCACCGUAGUUUCUGUGGAGGUGGAGGAUUUUUGAUGAACCUUCUCGGAUUUGAUAGGUUCACGAAGGGGAAAGGCGUGAACCAACUGACGAGGGCAAGUACGGCUGCUAAUCCGUUUGAUAUGGGGAUGUGGGGGAAUUGCAAGGAUUUUUGGACGGCUGGAAAGGAGUUGGGUGUUGAGUACGAUAAGUUGUAUGAUGUGCCCAUGGAAGGGUUCGUGGAAGCGAAGAAAAGGAGGGAGAGGGAUGAGAUUGGGGAGUGGGAUGGGCAUUCUAGGAAGGCGAGUCGGAAGGGGAUGUUUAUGGGGCUUAAUAUGGGCGGGCUUAAUCUUCGGAUGCCUGGAAGUAGUAGAGGAGGGUAUGAACCGCUUUCACAAGUUUAAGUUCUUGGGCCAUAGCGGACGCUUAUUUAAUUUGUUGACCGACAU